CAUGCGCACGGUGCGUGCAGCCGGCCGCCUGAGUUUGAGACAACACGACCGUGACAAGCCUGGAGGAGAGAGCGCUCACCUCCAGUCGCUGCGAGGCGGAAGCAGGUGGAGACAGACGGCGCUUGAACCGAGUGAAGGACUUUUGCUUUGUUUUACUUUGAACUCUCACUUUGACGUGUUUUCCCUGCAUGUUCACCUGCUUGCCGGAGCCAGGUGAGCCGGCGCAGACGACAGACGGAGCGAAACGGAGUGACAUGAGAUGAGGGUUCACCCCGUCAGACUUGGAUGUCUUCUGGCUUUCGCUUGUUUCCUAUCUGUCACAUGGAUCCAGAAGAUUUCCAAUGAAAGAGGUACAGCACUGCGGCCUGAUCUGCGGACUCUGUACCAGCGUCUCCUGGUGGCUGAGGAGUUGGGACAACAGAUGAGCAAGGAUUUCAACAAUGUCCUGGGACAGCUAUCAAACAUUUCCAGGGCUUUCAACGGCACCCAGCACACCAGUAACACCAGUAAUACCAGUAACACCAGCUUCAUUUCCAGAGGCCAGACAUUCCUGCAGCCCAAUGUUUACCUUUACCUGCCUCACCUCAGAGAACAUCCAGACAGCCUCACAGCCAAUGUAGUCGUAGGGAAGGGACGCCAUGGGGUGUCCUUGGUGCUGGGCAUCCCCACAGUGAAGCGUCAGAAGCAGAGCUACCUGGUCAGCACAAUAGGCUCCCUGCUCUACAGCCUGACUCUCUCCCAGCGGCAAGACCUCCUCAUCGUCGUGUUCGUCGCUGAGACGGACUCAAGCUAUGUGGACAGCAUAGGAGAGACCAUUAUGAAGAAUUUUCCUAGGGAGGUGCAGUCAGGGCUACUGGAGGUCAUCUCCCCCUCGCAGCACUACUACCCCAACUUCACCAGCCUCCGAGAGACCUUCGGGGACUCCAAGGACAGAGUCAAAUGGAGGACCAAGCAGAAUCUGGACUUCAGUUUCCUCAUGCUGUAUGCUCAGAACAAAGGAACAUAUUAUGUUCAGUUGGAGGAUGACAUUGUUGCGAAAGCGGAUUACUAUGACAAAAUGAAGGCCUAUGCCACCCAGCAAGCUUCGAAGCAGUGGCUCUUUCUGGAGUUCUCCCAGCUUGGAUUUAUAGGCAAAUUGUUUCGUGCCAGUGACCUCCCAAUGAUUGCUGAGUUCUUUCUGAUGUUCCACAAAGACAAACCUAUUGACUGGCUGUUGGAUCACAUUCUGUGGGUGAAAGUCUGCAACCCUGAGAAAGAUGCGAAACACUGCAAUGAACAGAAGGCACUGCUCAAGCCCAGGUACAAGCCUUCCCUCUUCCAGCAUGUGGGCCUGCACUCCUCUCUGCCUGGGAAACUACAGCAUCUGAAAGAUAAGGACUUUGGGAAGCAGAAUCUGUUCCAGGCCCACAGGAAUCCACCUGCAGAGGUGAGCAGCAACCUGAAGCAUUACCAGCAGCACAGCCUGGACAAAGCUUACCAAGGACAGGACUUCUUCUGGGCGCUAACACCCAUCCGGGGGGACUACGUCCUCAUCCACUUCACCCAGCCCAUCCACAUUCAAGGAUACCUGUUCCGCAGUGGAAAUAUAGAAACCAACGGUGAUAAAUUCUCCAACACUACUGUGGAGGUGCUUCCCAGCAAUGCAUCAGGGCGAGACAAACUGGUUGCCAGCUCAUCUCAGUACAAACAAUCAGAUAGCGGGUUCAUCAUUAUCGGUAUGUUCCAAGACGGGAUAGCUGAGGGUCAGAUUGAGGCAGCGCUGCAGCCAAUCUCAGCUUUACGCCUGGUGGUUCAGUCCGACUCUGACGUCUGGGUUCUACUGAGCGAGAUCUCCAUUAAAGUUUGAUGGCUGAAGACAGCAGAGGGGAAACAAGACACGUGGCGUGUGUUCCAGCCUAGCACUACACCUGGGCAGACUGCUCACCCUGUUGCACAAACCCUUCCAUUACAGGGACAUUUUUUACAAGGACUUCUGAAGUGCCUUAACCAACUGUGAUGGUGGAGGAAUUGACCCAUGUUUGCUGGGUCUGCUCUGAGCUGGCUGCAGUCAUUUGCUUUCAGUUGAAUUGACUGAAUAGCAGCACAAAUGACAUUCAGUUUUUAAAUUUGGAAGGAACUCCAUUUUCUGAAUUGACUGAAUCAACCCCACCCCUGAGUGCUGAUUUGGGACAACUUUUUGUCUCAAGACACUCUAGUGACCAAAGAGACAGUUUUCAAAAGAUCAAGAGCCACUCCAAAGAAUAGUAAUUUAUUAUUUUAUGAUUAUGUUUUUGUUUAAACAAAUAAACAAUGACUGGUAA